AUGUCCAUGAGCGUGGCGGAUGCCCCAUCACAGGGCCCGAGUGACGAUUGCCAUCCAAUGGCUCCCACGCUUGAGCUUCCCACCGCCAAAGCAGAGACAGCUGGCAAGCCCGUCCUGGAGACGUGUGUGUUGGAUAAGGAGGUCAAGAAACGGCUCGAAUGUGAGAAAUGUCUGCCAUGCGCCGAGAACUUCGUGGAGAUUUGUACAUACCUUCCGAUCGGUGACCUGCUAUCACUUCGCGCGGCGUCCAGGAACAUCAUCCCAACUCAGGCUUAUGUGGCUCACAUGAUGCUGCGGCUAUCCUUGUUGGACCCAUCGAAGAGCCCGGUGUCAAACGUGGGUUAUAUGCUGGCCUUGACGGACGACCAGAAGAGGAUGCUGAAAGCAUUCAAAAGAGAGUUCGAACAUCGUCGAAAGAGCCUCCUUGCUUUGGUGAUGCUGAGCCGCUUUUUCUUCACUGACUCUCCGAUGCAGCUCCUGCAGCUCCUGCUGAGCAUCCUCCGGUGCUUGUCCCCACAAGGCUCUGAACAUGAGGAAACGCGCGCAAUGAGGGAGGCUGGUGCUCUGCAUCUGCUGAAAAUCCUUGGAAAAAGCCUCGACAUCGAUCCGGAUACUGUCCUGAAGAUGCGGGACUUGAGCAAUCCACACUAG